CCGACGAGGCGGAUGGAGAAGCUCCGGGAGCAGCGGGAGUCCAACCGCAGGGUUUUCACCAGGUGAUGCGGUACAAACCCGGCUGAAUUCGGAUCCGCGAACCACGAAUGGAUCCCCAUUUAAGACGUCUUGGCUCCAAAUGGCUUUUGCAGUCAUUAGCUUUGUAUUUUAUCGUCAUUUAUCGAGCUUCUCCUUCCUGGGGGAUUGAGAGAAUCAACCUUUCGAAAUGGGAUGAAUUUAAUAACAGCGAGAGCAGUGGAAUAAAGCUCCAGAAAUGGGACACCGAUUCCCAGGGAGGGCAGGACCUUUGGCAACAUGCUGCUGUGUUAGAAACCAACACAUCAUCUGCUUUUGAUUCUUCUUCUACUGUGGCUACUACAUCCAACCCAGUGUCUGUCAGUUCCGAAACAAUGCUGACCUCCACAAUGACCAUUGGCUCUGACCAAUCAUCUGCAGCUACUAUAGCUUCAAAUCAAUCAGCAUAUAGCAAUGCACCAUCAAGCAAAUCACCAAACAGCACCAUGGCACCCAGUCAAUCACGAACAAGGAAUACACAAUCCAGACAAUUACUAACUAGUACAGCACCAUCCAGCCAAACAUCAACCAACACUGUACCAGUUAGCCAACCACUUACCAAGAAUUCACUAAGCAGUGGAGCACCAACCAGUCAACCACCAGCCAAGAAUGCACAGUCCAACACAUCAUCAACAAUUACAGAACCAUCCAGCAAAACGCCAACCAACACAGCAGCAGUUAGCCAGCUACCAAACAAGAGUUCACCAUCCAGUCUAUCAUUAACCAGCAGAGCUCCAGCUAGUCAACCGCCAACCAAGAAUGUACAGUCCAACACAUCAACAAUUACAGAACCAUCCAGCAAAACACCAAUCAACACAGCAGCAGUUAGCCAGCCACCAAACAAGAGUUCAUCAUCCAGUCAAUCAUUAACCAGUAGAGCUCCAGCUAGUCAACCGCCAACCAAGAAUGUACAGUCCAACACAUCAACAAUUACAGAACCAUCCAGCAAAACACCAAUCAACACAGCAGCACUUAGCCAGCCACCAAACAAGAGUUCAUCAUCCAGUCAAUCAUUAACCAGUAGAGCUCCAGCUAGUCAACCGCCAACCAAGAAUGUACAGUCCAACACAUCAUCAACAAUUACAGAACCAUCCAGCAAAACACCAAUCAACACAGCAGCAGUUAGCCAGAUACCAAACAAGAGUUCACCAUCCAUUCAAUCAUUAACCAGCAGAGCUCCAGCUAGUCAACCACCAACCAAGAAUGUACAGUCCAACACAUCAUCAAGGAGUAUAGAACCAUCCAGCCAAACACAAACCAACACAGCAGCAGUUAGCCAGCCACCAAACAAGAGUUCACCAUCCAGUCAAUCAUUAACCAGCAGAGCACAAGCUAGUCAACCACCAACCAAGAAUGCACAGUCCAACACAUCAUCAACCAGUAUCGAACCAUCUAACAAAACACCAAUCAGCACAGUGCCAGUUAGCGAGACACCAACUAGCACAGUGUUAACUCAGCAAUCACCAACCAACACACUGUUAGCCACUCAUCCAAAAUCUUGGAAUACGCCAUCUGAUCACUCACCAACUAGCAGAUCACCACAUAGCCAAUAUGCAAGCAAGACCUCCACAUCUAGCCAAUCAUCAACCAACGUGGCCCCAUCAAACCAACCACCAGCAAAGUCAAUAUCAAUCAAUAUAGCCCAGUCUAUUUAUUCUCCAAUGAACACAACACCAGCAAGCUGGUCACUGACCAAGACAUUGACAUCUAGCCAAUCACUGACCAGCAAGUUACCAAAUAGCCAUUCUGAAAUAAUCAGCCAAUCACCAACCAAAAAAGGACUGUCCAGCCAGUCAUCAUUAAGUAUAGCACCAACUAGCCAAUCAUCAAAACAGGUGCAACUAUCCAGCCAAACACUAAGAACAAGUAGUACUGCAAAACAUGAACAGUCAUCAUCUAAUGAAAUUCCAUCCAACCAGUCAGAAGAUACCUCUCUGACAGCAAAUCAACUUCUGCCUAGCUCAGUAAAAAUAGGCAAAUCACCAACCAGCUCUGACACAUCAACCCAGUCACCAAGGAAUAAAGCAUCUCCUAACCAAUCAUCAAACACUUUGAUACCAAGCAGUCUAUCUCUAAACAGCUCAAAAACAUCACAUCAACAAUUACCAUCCAACUUUACAAGUAGCCAGUUAAAUUCACCAUCUAACCAAUCGUGGGCCAGAUCCUCACAAUCAAAGCAAAUACCAUUGAGUUCAUUGCUAUCAGGAAAUGCUGCCAGUAGAAGCUCAUCAGUGGAAGAACAUCCAGCGAAUACUUCACUGCUGGCCAGGCACCUAAAAGAAGCAGCAUGGUCAACGUUUCCCAAAUUUCCAGAGUCUUGUGAGUUCUCCUGCCUAAACGGAGGACAGUGCCUUCAGUCGCAGUUGUGUGACUGCAGCUUGUUUCAGGCCACCGGACACAGGUGUCAGACAGUUCCAAAUCCAGGAUUUGAACGAGAGAUGACGUGCAGGACAUGGGGUCAGUACAACUUCGAGACAUUUGACGGCCUGUACUACUACUUUCCUGGACGGUGCACGUACACUUUGCUGAGGGACUGUGAAGAAACCACGCAGGCCAGCAUUGUUGUGCAGGUUCACAAUGACCCGGUUUGUGAAUCUGACCCAUACAUCUGCCAACGAUCCCUCAGCCUCUUUCUUCCCUGGGAGGGUGAAGUUCAACUGCACUCCUCUAAGGUUACCUUUAAAGGCCAAAGAUUGCAGCUCCCUCAUUACAUCCAUGACCUGCAGUUGGAGCAGAUCUCGCAGUAUGUGUUGGUGACGCAGCAGCAUGGAUUCACUCUGGCCUGGGAGGGACACAGCGGCUCCGCCUACAUCAAACUCAGCCCAGAGUUUGUGGGCAGAACAUGCGGCCUGUGUGGGAACUUCAAUGCAGAUGUCCAAGAUGACUUAAAGACAAGCUAUGGUGUGCUGACUGAUUCAGUAGAAAUGUUUGGGAAUAGCUGGCUGGAGGCGGAGCCGCAUCAGACACAAUGUUCCAUGGUGCCUUCUGGCUUCCCUUCACCAUGUGUGUCAGUAGAUGCUUAUGAAUUGAGGAAAGUAGAGGAGGUGUGUGCUAUGCUGCUGGAGCUGCCAUUUCAGAGCUGUCACGACUUUGUCAGCCCACUAUCCUACAUGGCCAGCUGCUCCAAUGACCUCUGCAUGUCGGGUCCCAAUGGUGAUGUGGUAUGCCAAGUGUUCACUGAGUAUGCUCGGGCCUGUGCCCAUGCUGACCACCCACUGCACAAAUGGAGGCAGCACAUUCCUCAAUGUGUGAAGCAGUGUCCUUCGGAGCUGGGCUAUAAGGAAUGCAUCAGCUGCUGCCCGGUGUCCUGCAACCUGGAGCGGACGUGUAUCGACAGCAAUCUGGCCUGUCUGGAUGGAUGCUACUGCCCUGAUGGUCUGAUCUAUGAAGAGGGAAGCUGCGUAAUGCCCUCUGACUGUCCCUGCGAGUACCACGGCAUGAUUUAUCCAUCUGGACACACACUGCAAGAAGAAUGCAACAACUGCACAUGUGUGGGUGGAGUGUGGAACUGCACUGAAUACAACUGUCCAGGGGAGUGCUCUGUGACUGGGGAUAUAUACUUUAAUUCCUUUGAUGGUAGGAUCUUCUCCUUCUCAGCAACAUGCCAGUACGUUCUCGCCAAAAGUCGCAACUCAGGAAAGUUCACGGUCACCGUCCAGAAUGCCCCGUGUGGAGCUAAUUUAGACGGAGCUUGCAUCCAAUCAGUUAAUCUGGUUAUUGAUGAGGAUCCAAGAACAGAGAUUACCUUGAGCCACGUUGGAGAGGUCUUCAUGGCUGGACAGUACCGGAUCUCCCUCCCAUAUUCUGAUGAUAUCUUCCACAUCGAGGAGCUGUCAUCCAUGUUCUUGCAGGUGAAGACUAAACUUGGUCUGCAUCUAAACUACAGCUGGAAAGACUUCCGUCUCUACCUUGAGGUAGAUGAGCUGUGGAAGGAUGACACUUUGGGCCUGUGCGGCACCUUCAACGGCAACAUUCAAGAUGACUUCCUAUCACCAUCGGGUAUGAUAGAAAGCACUCCUCAGCUCUUUGGAAACAGCUGGAGAGUUUCAUCGGCUUGCUCACCCAGCCUGAGUACAUCUCAGCUUGAUCCCUGUGACACACAUCAGCAAGCAGUGGCCUAUGCCUUCGAGAUGUGUGACAUUCUGAACAACGACCUGUUCUCUGGCUGCCACGAGUAUCUCAGCCCAACACCCUUUCAUCACCAGUGCCGCUCUGAUACCUGUAAAUGCGGGACACCGUGCCUCUGCUCGGCCCUGGCCCACUACGCUCGCCAGUGCCGCAGAUUCUCCAUCAUCAUCAACUUCAGACUGCAUGUACCUGACUGUGCGGUUACGUGUCCAGCCAACAUGCAGUAUGGGACCUGUGUGUCUUCCUGUCAGCGCCGCUGCUCUGCCCUCUCUGUCCCACAGCACUGUGGCGAGGAGUGUGAGGAAGGCUGUGCCUGCCCACAGGGCUCCUUCUACAACCACCGGACACACACCUGCGUGCACAGGAGUGAGUGUCCAUGCAGGUUCCUGGGGGCAGAUUACGAACCAGGAGAUGUGAUCAUGACAUCAGCAGGUGUUCAGCUUUGUUUGAAUGGUAAACUGAUCUCCCAAACUACAGACCAAGACAGGGUUUGUCCACCUGGUCAGCUCUACCAGAACUGCUCAGAAGGUGAAGAUGGCCUUCUUCCAGGAAGGGGUUUGGCCUGUGAACGCACUUGUGAAUCUUUUCUGCUCAACCUCACCUGUUCAACACAUGAGCCCUGUGUGGCUGGAUGUGCCUGCCCUCCUGGGUUGCUGAAACAUGGAGAUGAGUGUUUUGAACUUACAGCCUGCCCCUGCCUGUGGAAAGGAAAAGAGUAUUAUCCUGGUGACAGAGUCUCCUCAUCCUGCCACGAUUGUGUUUGCCAGCACGGAACCUUCCAGUGUGUGUUUCGUCCGUGUCCAUCCAUGUGUACAACUUAUGGAGAUCGCCACUACAGGACGUUUGAUGGUCUGCUGUUUGACUUUGUUGGUGCGUGCAAAGUCUAUCUCAUAAAGAGUAGCGUUGACGUGACUCUCAGUGUGGCCGCUGAAAACAUCGGCUGUUUUGACAGUGGAGCAACCUGCAGGAAGUCUGUGCUGAUAACAAUCGGCAAAUCCUUCAUCGCAUUUGACGAUGACACGGGAAAGCCAAGCCCAUUCAGUGUGAUUGACAGGAAGCAGAGCAUGUUCAUCUGGCCAGCCGGCUACUUCACAGUGAUUCAUUUCCCAGAUGAACAUGUCACAGUCCUCUGGGAUCGUAAGACCACUGUCCACAUCCAGGUCGGACCUCGCUGGCAGGGAAAGCUGAGUGGACUGUGUGGGAACUUUGACCUGAAGACAGUGAAUGAGAUGAAGACACCCGAAAAUAUUGAUUCCACAACACCUCAGGAGUUUGGAAACAGCUGGACUGCAGCAGAGUGUGUGAAUAGUCCAGAUAUCAGACACCCAUGCAGCCUCAGUCCACUUAGAGAACCCUUUGCAAAGCAACAGUGUGGCAUCCUGCUGAGUGAAGUCUUCCAAGCCUGCCACCCAGUGGUGGAUGUAACCUGGUUCUACAUGAACUGCUUGUCAGACACAUGCGCCUGUAGUCGUGGUGGUGACUGUGAGUGCUUCUGCACCAGCGUGGCAGCAUAUGCACAACGUUGCUGCCACCAGGGUGUUCCUGUCGACUGGCGCUCCCCUUCUUUGUGUCCAUAUGAUUGCGAAUUCUACAACAAAGUUCUCGGUAAAGGCCCGUUCAGGCUUAUCACCUUCAGGUAUCGGACAGCUCUGCUGGCAGCCAGCAAAUCUGGCGGCGCAGUGUUCCUGCACCGAGGGAACGGCAGCGCCAUCCUGUCCCAUUUCAUGAUAACACCAGGCCUUAGCAGAGCCCGGCCACACGAUACAUCCCGAGUUUCCUUUGAAGCAGCUGACAGACCAAACUACUUCCUCUAUGCGAGCCCCAGCGGCCAAGUGAAACUGUGCAAAUGGGAGGAGAACAAGACAUUCUGGGAAGGGGCCACCUUCAUCGUCCACAGGAACACCUGGAUUCCAGGCUAUGAUUCGCUGGAGUCCCAUGCUAAGCGUGGUUUCUUUCUCCAUUCCACAGUCCAGCGAAUCCACCUGCUCAAAUAUAGACACACCGACAGCUUCCGCAAAGCUACACUCUUCAAACUAACAGGCACAGAUCCAGACACCCCGCCAGGCCCACGAUGUCAGUGGAGAUACGACUCUUGUGUCAGCCCCUGCUUCAAAACGUGCAGCAACCCAUCAGCUGAAGCCUGUGUCACCAUCCCACAAGUGGAGGGUUGCUUUCCUGUCUGCCCCCCACACAUGGUACUCGAUGAAGUCACACAUCGGUGUGUCUAUGUGGAAGACUGCAUCAAUGUCAUAGCUGCUGUUCAGCCUACAACAGCAUUCAGUGCUUGGCAGACAUCUGCACCUUUCACUUUGACAACCACCACUACCACAGCCUCCACCACCUCAGCCAUCACUUCUGUUAUGCCUCUUCACACCGCUCCUACCACUAAAGUCACCACCACUCUGCCUGUUAUUGACAAGCAGACAACAAUCACCAAGGUGCCACUGCAGCCUGAUGAACCACAACAACCUCUUACUACUUCUUCUCUGGCUCCAGAACUUCCAGGUACAGCAACAUUGUCUUCUUUACCCACAAUACCUGAUGUAGUGGAACCACGUUUUACUGUCAGAAUGACCGAAAUCCCAACCAGCACUGUAUCAGAUAUUACAUCAUGGACAACCAAAGUUCUCAGCUCUACCAUCAUUCCCUCCAGCCCAGUAGCAUCUAGAACAGAUGAUCCUCAUUUUGCCAUCACAACCCUGUUCUGGAUCACUGGCCCCAGCAAGUCUACUGACUCCCCUCUCUUCACCUCCUCAGCUACCACUCCACAGACAUCGGCGGCACCUUCUACAAGUUCAGUAGAGGGGCAAACCAGCAUCAGUCCUUCUCCUCAUGCUGUGGAAGUAGACCAGGAAACCACAGAGGUCACAACUCCUUCAGAAGUGAUCAUUCCCAUUGUCAGCACAACCACCUCAGGUCCAGCUCCAGUUUCAGAGUAUUCUACUGUGAAAGACAGGAUUACUGUGCCAAAAUCGAUGACCACUGGUUACACAGAAACUAGUACAAAGCCUGUAACUGUUUCUACAUCUACAUCCAAGCUUCCUGGUUUAUCCAGCACAUCAGCCACUCUUCCUUUCCCUUUCCCAACCUUAUCUCCAGUUGAAACAAAGUCUGUAUCAUUGCCAAUCGUUACUUUAAUGAAAACAACGGAAUCAGUCACAAAAGUUGUGCCUUUCACAAUACAUAAAACAACACCAUAUAAGAGUCCAGAGGUAACAGUUCCACUUGAUUCUCUGGUUUCCACAGAACAGAUUAGACACAGAACAGACACAGAACAAACCUCCACAACUGCUGCUCCUGGGGUCCAGACAUUGACCCCAGUCCAUGUUGCACCAACAACUAUUGUACAACUAUCUCCUACCUCAUCCAGCUCUGAUGGGCAAACUAUAGCAAAAGAAAUGACCACUGUAUCAAAAAUACCUACAUUUACCACCACAACAAUUGAGGGUCCACCUAUGAAGGUUGCAGAUACAACAGCUCCUCCUCCACUUUCCUCCCCAGUUUAUACAGAGAGAACCUCCUGGUCAGCUUCUGUCCUAACAACAACAACAACAACAACAGCAACAACAAGAGCUACUCAGAUCACUACAUCAAGUUCUCCAGAGGUUCCAGAAACAUCCACAUUGUUCACAGGGCCUCUAGUCACAACAAAACAAACUCUACCACCUGUGACUCCUGCAGAAUUAACUACUAGUUCAUUACUGCCAACAAAAGAAAGUUCUACACAUUCCCCAUCUACUGUGAGGACUUCUAAACCCCACUGGGACACUUCAAUCACCCCAACAAUCGGCACCACAGAGCUUAAAAUUCCAGAAGUCACCUCUGUCAUUUCACCUACCACCACUCAGGCACCUCACCUUCUAAUCACAAAAGAUUCAGCCAUCUCAACUACAAAAUCGACUUCUGCUACAGCAGCCACUGUUAAAAUGACACCACCCAAAAUCCCAUCUACACAGUUUACACUCACAACAACCUCAAAACCAGAUAAACCCCACUUCCCAACUUUAUCUGAAACUCCUGAAACACCUUUGACCACAGUCCCUACCAAAGCUGUGCCCAGUGCUGUAACAACAGUGUUCAGGCCAGUCACCAUACAACCAGUCACAGAGAUGAGGCAUCCACUAACUGGUAGAACUGAGGUGUCAACAACAGUUACCGUGACGCCACCUCCAUCUUGGUCUCCAUUGCAUACAACCACCUCUACCCCAGGACCUCCAAGACCUACAACCUUCCCAGACAAAGUUACCACUCGGGUUGUGUUCACUGCAAGAACUACACCCACUACAACCUCCACCAUUACAAGGACACCAACCCUUCGUACAACACCUCGGGUUCCUCUGACAACGAGAGUUACUCCAAGAAUCACAACAACUGAGAGGUCAACCAUUGCACCAGUCACUCCAAGGGUUACUGUAACAACAAGGACUACAGUAAUAACCACCAAAUCACCCACGCGUGUCUCACCAACAUUCACAAGCCCUGUCAUGACCACUGUAUCAAGAGUGCCAUCUACAAAUAUCACAACAUCUGAUGAGGCAGUUCAGACACUAAGCACUACCAAACAUGCCCAUGUUGGUGUAGACGUUCCCAGCUUGAGCAACAUAACUGCUCCAGUCCCAGUUUCUGUUCCUCUUCUAACAGUAGCUCCAUUGACAGCUGUCCCCACAGUGAGCACCAGAGAGUCAACCACAUCUGAGAAGCUGCCAACCAAGGUUUCACCAACUACAGCCCAACUGGUGAAACCACAGACCACCCAUAAACCUAGUACUGCUUCUAGUACAGCUUCACUCCCCAUGGUGACCACAUUCCCAACUGCUGUUCCAGAUGUGGUUGAUCACACUAGUGCUGGAAUAACAACAGCAUCUCCUCCAACACUGCCUCAUACUACACCAGUGAAAACAGCCAGAUACACAGCUGAGGACACAUCUGUAGUUGUACUACCUACAAGGAUAUGUACGCCUCCAUAUGCAGAGUUUAUUGAUGAGUGCACCAAGUACAUCUGCGUCAACAACCAGCUGGUUCUGUUCAACAAAUCUCAGAGCUGCCCCUUUACAUCUGAGCCCCCCAACUGUGGGCUGCGUGGUUUUGCUGUACUGGUUAAUGGAGACAAGUGCUGCUCUGAGUGGGGCUGUCCAUGCAUCAAUGUCAUAGCUGCUGUUCAGCCUACAACAGCAUUCAGUGCUUGGCAGACAUCUGCACCUUUCACUUUGACAACCACCACUACCACAGCCUCCACCACCUCAGCCAUCACUUCUGUUAUGCCUCUUCACACCGCUCCUACCACUAAAGUCACCACCACUCUGCCUGUUAUUGACAAGCAGACAACAAUCACCAAGGGUACAGCAACAUUGUCUUCUUUACCCACAAUACCUGAUGUAGUGGAACCACGUUUUACUGUCAGAAUGACCGAAAUCCCAACCAGCACUGUAUCAGAUAUUACAUCAUGGACAACCAAAGUUCUCAGCUCUACCAUCAUUCCCUCCAGCCCAGUAGCAUCUAGAACAGAUGAUCCUCAUUUUGCCAUCACAACCCUGUUCUGGAUCACUGGCCCCAGCAAGUCUACGGACCUCCCCUCUCUUCACCUCCUCAGCUACCACUCCACAGACAUCGGCGGCACCUUCUACAAGUUCAGUAGAGGGGCAAACCAGCAUCAGUCCUUCUCCUCAUGCGUGGAAGUAGACCAGGAAACCACAGAGGGUCACAAACUCCUUCAGAAUACUGCUUCUAGUACAGCUUCACUCCCCAUGGUGACCACAUUCCCAACUGCUGUUCCAGAUGUGGUUGAUCACACUAGUGCUGGAAUAACAACAGCAUCUCCUCCAACACUGCCUCAUACUACACCAGUGAAAACAGCCAGAUACACAGCUGAGGACACAUCUGUAGUUGUACUACCUACAAGGAUAUGUACGCCUCCAUAUGCAGAGUUUAUUGAUGAGUGCACCAAGUACAUCUGCGUCAACAACCAGCUGGUUCUGUUCAACAAAUCUCAGAGCUGCCCCUUUACAUCUGAGCCCCCCAACUGUGGGCUGCGUGGUUUUGCUGUACUGGUUAAUGGAGACAAGUGCUGCUCUGAGUGGGGCUGUCCAUGCCGCUGCUCAGUCUUUCCAGACCUGAGCGUGAUCACUUUUGAUGGGAACAGUGUUGCCAUUUACAAAGCUGCACUGUACAUCAUAACCCAGCUGCCCAAUGAGACUGUCAGUGUCCUGGUUCAGGAGUGUCCCACUGAUUCAGAGUCAACAUUCCUCUGGAAUUUCACCAACCUGUGUCUGGUUGCACUCAACAUCAGCCACAAAUCCAACCAUGUCGUAAUCAACAGGCUGCAGAGGAGGCUGUAUGUCAACUCACGACAUGCAAAGCCUCGAUUCAGAAAGUUUGGCUUUGAGAUCUAUGACACGGGCAACAUGUAUCUGAUCCGCACCCCAAAUGGUCUAAAGCUGCAGUGGUACCAUAGCACCGGCAUGAUGGUGGUCGACAGUGACAACUCCAGCAACAACCUUCCUGUCAUGGGCCUCUGUGGCUUCUGUGAUGGGGACCCUUCCAAUGACCUGACUUUGGCCAAUGGAACCAUAGUGAGUGAUGCCCAAGACCCGGCGGUGUUCAUCAACAGCUGGCAAGUUCCGAAUACCACCAGCUACAUCGGCAUCGACCGCCAUCGCAAGCUCAACUGCUCCACCAGCGACUGCUCCCAUUGCUUCGACUUACUGCAGACCCCCUCCUUCUCCUCCUGCCACGCCUUUGUCCCACCAGCCACAUUCUGCGAGAUAUGGGUACGAGAUGAGGAGUAUGUCAGCAAUCACUGUGUUGCACUGGCUGCCUAUGUGGCUUCUUGCCACAAAUUCAACAUCUGCAUUGAGUGGAGGAGUGCACAUAACUGUCCUUUCUUGUGUCCGGGCACUUUGCGAUACAAGGCCUGUCUCCCAGCCUGCACAGCCCAGUCUUGCCCCAAUCACGACUUUGACUCGGACCUCGACCAUUGCUCAGGCCUGACUGAGGGCUGCGUGUGCCCAGUGGGGACGCUCCUCCACCGGCCAUACACUGCCCUCUGCAUCCCCCCAGACAAGUGUGACUGUACCGACAGCUCUGGAGUUCCCCGCUCACAUGGAGAAGUGUGGAAGGCCUCUAAGGACAGUUGCUGCAUGUACCGCUGUGACAAUGACACCAUCGUCUCUGUGGAGUACAACUGCUCCAGCAUUGUGCCACCAGUGUGCCGUCGAUCAGGCGAGGUUAUCAUCAGCCUGUCCAUUGACACCAGCUGCUGCCCACAGAAACUCUGCGUGUGUAACCAGAGCCUGUGUGACUUCAGCCCUCCUGACUGUAAAUAUGGUGAGAAGCUGGUGUCGUACUACAGACAGGACUCCUGUUGUCCAGAUUAUGUGUGCGUGUGUGAUCCUGACCUCUGUGAAUCAGACAUUCCCACCUGCAGAGAGGACCAAACUCUGAUUGCCACCAGAGCUGAUGGCAGCUGCUGUUUGGCCUACAUCUGUAUGUGUUCAUCCUGCUCCGAGGCACCUCCUCUUUGUCAAGAUGGUGAGGUGUUGACAGUUGAAGGCAACACCACGGAGCGCUGCUGCCCCACCUUUCAGUGUGUGUGUGAGCGAUACAGAUGUCCCCAGCUCACGUGUCCUAUUGGAAUGUCAGCGGUGUCCAUGUCUACUGUGGGCCCAUGCUGUCCCAACACUACCUGUGAGUGUGCCUGUGAGAAGAUCAUCUCCCCAAAAUGUGGCCUGGGAGAAUAUGCUCAGCUGGAUCAGGCUUUCCUGUCUGACCCACAGAACAAGUGUCUCUGCAAAAGAUACAAGUGUGUGCGUGAGGCAGUGUGUGUGUAUGGUGACCGAGGAGUCUUGCGGCCGGGUCAGACUCUGGUGGAACGCAGUGAUGAUGGUUUGUGUUACAGCAGACAGUGCAGCCGAAGCCUCGACCCAGCGAGCGGGUUCCACCUACUCCGCACCAUCAGCAGCAACUGCUCCACCCACUGCCUUCCAAAUCAGAUCUACAUUCCUCCAAAGGACCAGUCGACGUGCUGCGGUGUUUGUAAGAAUAUUUCCUGUCUCUACCAGCAUGAGAAUGGGUCAACAGUUCUCUAUAAGCCGGGGAGAUCCUGGGUAUCUAACUGCAUGAAAUUCGACUGUGCAGACACAAUGUCUGGGCCUACACUCAUCUCCUACUCUUUCAGUUGCCCGCCAUUCAAUGAGACUGACUGUAUGAAGAUUGGUGGAACUAUUGUAAGUUACAUGGAUGGAUGCUGCAGGACGUGCAAAGAAGAUGGGAAGUCAUGUCAGAAAGUGACAGUAAGGAUGACGAUUAGGAAGAAUGAUUGUCGCAGCAACAGACCGGUGAACAUCGUGUCAUGUGAUGGUAAAUGUCCAUCUGCUAGCAUCUACAACUACAACAUCAACACAUAUGCUCGCUUCUGUAAGUGCUGCAGGGAGACAGGGCUGCAGCGGCGCUCCGUGCAGCUCUACUGUAGCAACAAUGCAACCUGGAUCAGCUACACAAUCCAGGAGCCAACUGACUGCGCCUGUCAGUGGUCAUAGACUGUCAAAAACAACAGGAUAAAUCCAUUGGACACACAGCUUAACGAUGUUG